CGAUUCCAGUCCUAUGAAAAAUGGUGCGAUCGGCCUGAUUUCCGAUCAUGUGAUCGAAACGGGACAUCUCUAAUGAGCACAAGGUGGUCAUAGUGAGUCAACAUAAGUCUUCCCUAACUGAGCUAUUCAAGUCUGGUGAAAAUUCUUCUAAUUCUUUAUCGGAAUAUAUCACAAAUACCCAAAGAAUCGCGACGCAAAUUUUUUCCAAUAUCAUUCAGUUCUACUGACUUUUAUAUUUUAGUUUGAGCUUUUUACACACAUGCACCCCCCCUUGCUCCCCCACCCCCCAUACACACACAGCUAUUUCACCAUCCUCUUAGUCAUGGCUUGUUCUUGCGGAAACGCCAGUGGUGGCACACCCAGAUGUAUUGUUUUCUCUCUUGAAGAAGACUUACUUACUUCCCGUUCACUCACUGUUGGAAAGUAGUCUGUUAUGAUUCUGUGGAUAAUCUCUAGCAUACUUUAUUUUAGUUCCACUUUGUAUCAUAGUGUCUGUAUUGCCAAUAAUUUUAACAUAAGUUUUUUGUUUUUUUAUUUCAAGACUACAUAUUUCACACCUUGAACAUAGAUGGGUCAUUGUCACAAUUGUGUUUGGUACCCUCAUUAGAAGCACUCACUCAUCAUGAAAGUGGAGCAGAAAAGUGAAAGUCCCAGGUCUUACUCAUGCAGAGCUCCGAGGGCAGCUCCGAAACGUCGCCCAACGUGGCAGCGCUGCGGACGUCAUCAUCAGCUCAGGCUCCCGUGGUACAGCCUGUCCCGGCCUCCCAACAGAGAGCGCUGGUACAAGCCACAGGCUCAGUUCAGAAGGGAGGACAAGUACAGCAGCUUUCAGUAUCCAGGGCUCAACAGGUGCCUCCACAGGUACAGCAGUCACAGCAUGUCUAUCCAUCCCAGGUGCACUACGUAGGGGAAAGUGGAGAGGCCGUUUACACUAAUGGAACAAUUCGCACGGCCUACUACAACCCGGAGGCGCAAUUGUACGGCCAGAGCAGCGGAGGGUCGUACUUUGACUCACAGGCUGGUGGAACUCACGUCACCGCUGUGGUUUCCUCCGCUAGUGGUGGCGUCCCACCUCAUAGCAUGGUGGGCAUUGCCAUGGACGUAAGCAGCAGUCAUAUCAUCUCCAGCGGCAGCACCUAUUUGAUCCAUGGAGGGAACAUGGAAGGAAGCCGCAACCAUGUAUCACACUCGUCUCGCUCCUCUUCAGCCAUGCUUGAAAUGGCGAUUGAAAACCUCCAAAAGUCUGAAGGAAUUGCAAGUCACAAAAGCAGCCUGCUCAACAGCCAUCUCCAAUGGCUGCUGGACAACUACGAGACAGCAGAGGGUGUGAGCCUGCCCCGGUGCUCCCUCUAUAACCAUUACUUGCGACAUUGCCAGGAACAGAAACUGGAUCCGGUCAACGCAGCCUCCUUCGGCAAGCUCAUUCGCUCAGUCUUCAUGGGCCUGAGAACCCGGCGCCUAGGAACCAGAGGCAACUCAAAGUAUCAUUAUUAUGGCAUCCGGGUGAAGCCAGACUCUCCACUAAACCGGUUGCAAGAGGACACCCAGUACAUGGCCAUGAGGCAGCAGCCUGUCCACCAGAAACAAAGGUUCAAACCUCUGCAGAAGGUGGAUGGAAUGCCUGACAAUUUGUGUGUGAACUCUCAGUGUAAUAACACGCCAGAACAAUCUGUUGCAGCUCAGAGCCAACACCACCAGCAGUAUAUAGACACAGCCCACAGUUUGCCUGAAUUUCCCACUCCUGACAUGGGCACCCAGCCUCUGCCGGAGCGCAUCAGUAUCAACGACAUCAAAAAGCUGCAGACCCUCUACAGAGAACACUGCGAAGCCACUUUGGAUGUGGUGAUGAAUCUUCAGUUCUACUACAUUGAGAAACUCUGGCAGACCUUUUGGUACUCAACAGCGCCAUCUAGUGACGGGAGCACCACCAUCCCCAACAGUGAUGAUGAAUUGGAAGGUGUACUGCCUAGAGAGAAGCUGCUCAAUCUGUGUAAAUAUGAACCAGUACGACUAUGGAUGAGAAGCUGCGAUCACAUCCUCUACCAGGCCUUGGUGGAGAUCCUCAUCCCGGACGUGCUGCGCCCUGUUCCCAGCACUCUCACUCAGGCCAUCAGGAAUUUUGCCAAGAGUUUGGAGGGAUGGCUUACCAACGCUAUGACCAGCUUUCCUCAAGAAAUCAUCCGCACUAAGGUGGCGGUGGUUAGUGCCUUUGCUCAGACGUUGAGACGUUACACCAGCCUCAACCACCUGGCUCAGGCGGCGCGCGCCGUCCUCCAGAACACCUCGCAGAUCAACCAGAUGCUUUCUGACCUCAACCGGGUGGACUUUGCAAACGUUCAGGAACAGGCGUCGUGGGUGUGUCAGUGCGACGAGAGCGUGGUCCAGCGUCUGGAGCAAGACUUUAAAGUCACCCUGCAGCAGCAGAGUUCUUUGGACCAGUGGGCUACUUGGCUGGACAACGUGGUCACGGAGGUCCUCAAGCCUCACCAGGGCAGCCCCAGUUUCCCCAAGGCGGCACGCCAGUUCCUCCUUAAGUGGUCCUUCUACAGCUCCAUGGUGAUCCGAGACCUAACUCUGCGCAGCGCCGCCAGUUUCGGUUCCUUCCACCUGAUCCGCCUGCUGUACGACGAGUAUAUGUUUUACCUGGUGGAGCACCGUGUGGCUCAGGCCACCGGAGAGACGCCCAUUGCCGUCAUGGGGGAGUUCAGUGACCUGAGUUCCAUGAUGCCUUCGCUGAUGGAGAAAGACGUAUCCUUCUCCGACGAGAUGAGCGACCUGGGCAGCGACGGCGACGUAUCCCGAAGCGAGCCGGCCGUAAAGAGGGAGCGCAUCGAAAUGAGCCACCCUCUCCAGGAGAUGUGAGCGUACAUCCGGCGACCGUGAUGUCAGUCUUUAGCUACGAUGCCUUUUUCUCUCUGAGGGAGCAAAUCUCAACUCACUAAGCAUCUGAUCUUCUCUUUUUGUUUUUGUGCUACUGUGAACGAGUUUGUAUGGUCCAUUUUUAUGGCGUAACUCGGUGUGUGUGUGUGUGUGUGUGUGUGGUGCUCGUUUUCCUCUUCUGUUUGCUUUGAGUUAGCUGUGCCAUGUUGUCAUUUGAGUGCCUUAGAUUGCUAACUCGGGAAGCGUCCCUUCAGAUGUCAGCCUGUCCCUCAGCUGUGCCUCGACCACACUAUGAAUGUAUUAUCCGCAAACCUCAUUCAGACCGCCUCGAGCGGAAUCGUGCGCGUGUACUCCCGGUUGCCUUUGCUGCACCUCGCAGCUCACAUCAUGAAAAAGAUAAAACGUGCAACCCAUUGACCCAAAGGACCUAACCCUUAGCAACUUGGCCAUUGUAGUUUUCGCCAAGUGUGCGGUGGUGGGGCGGGCGGGCGCGUGGGUAUCCAAACUACCGACAUGGAACUAGAUCUGCCAACAAGCAAUACGCGCAUGAGAAAAAAAAAAUCAUCUGUAAGGACAAAAAGCACAUGGAUCUUGAUAAAGGGACAGACAACACCCAGUAUAAAAAAAACUAAAAAAAAAAGAGGUCGAUUGAUAUAGGAUUUUGAAGAAGCCGAUGCAGAUAUCAUUUAAAAAAAAAAAUCAGCUGAUUGGCUAAGGUCUAAAGUCGAUUCUGUGGGCUGGUAUUUGAGGCCCAUACUUAAAAAGGCAUGUUGAUAAUGAAAAGCAAUUGAAACAUUCAUUGCGUAUAUACAGUGAUCCCUCGCUACUUCGCGCUUCAAACUUUGCGCCCUCAGUCCAUAGUGGAUUUUUUUUCAAUUUGGAAAAAAAAAAAAAUCACGUAGUCUCACUUUCACUCUCCCUUUCCCUGCUCUUUUUUUCUUCAGACAAUGCACUGGAGUUGCAUAUUAGAGUUAACAUGAUUGAUAGACGUCUUCAGUUUGAUCUUGCCACAGAUCCCUGGAAGCCUCAGCAUCAAAGCGCCACAUGCGGCAAUUAUUGUUUAACUUGUUAAACAGAUGCUGUGGCAACUCGUUGUGUGUAAGUGAGGACAUGGAGCAGAGUUGAGUGGACUCACUCAGUGAAGCAUUUAAUAAAGACAAGCAUUUUUAUACUUGUUUAAAAAAAACUUCAGUGGGACAGUAACAUGUUUAAAACUUAUAAUUAUUACAUUUGAAGUUUUUAAAAACCGUUUAUUAAAAUAGACACAUACAUUAUUUUAUUUUAUUUAUUAUUAUACUAUAAAUACAUGUUAAAAAAAGUGGAAAAAAACAUGUCUUAUAUGUAUGGCGGCAAACACUCAGGUGACUUAAAGUUCCGCUCUGAGAUCCCCAAUUUGGCCAAAUCUCAAAAUUGUCCCAUAUGCAUGUGUGAUACAUCAUUGGAAAGCUUAAAAUCUCAAUUUUCUGGGGGAAGAAAAAUUUUGAACAGGAGGCCAUUUAAAAAAAAAAAAAAAAAAAAAAUGUAAACAGCAAAACCCUAUCUGGAGGCGAGAGCAGAAUUACAGACACCACGACUUUAACGAGAUAUUAUCGCAUACUUAGCUUGUUUCGAUCCAAAAACUGCAUGUAGCAUGUAUCACCGAGUGUCAAAACACAGCUGUGAAUGGCCACAGCCAGAUUUUUUUUUUUGCAUUUUAUGGGUGAAAUAUGGUAUAUAUAACAAGGGUCGCGAUGCAGAAAUCGCAGACAACAAGGAGUGGUCGAGAUUUUCAUUUUCAUAUAUUUACCCUUUUAAACAUUAUUUUUCAAUUGUUCUUUGUUUGGAUUGAAAUUUUAUCAUCUAAAAAUAUUGGGGAAAAUGCGACAGUAACGAAAAAAAAAAGGUAAAUGCGACAGUAACGAAAAAAAAAUACAAUUAAGCGAUAGUUAUGACGUAGAUAUCCGUGACUUUUUUUACAGACGCCAAUUUUUUCAUUGUGACAUAAUUUGUUUAAAAUUUGCGAGUGAAUAAUUUUUUGAAGUCAUUUUUUAAAAACUAAAUAUUAGACUUCAAUUAAUGAUUCAAAGCUAAAAAUGAGACAUUAUGAAUAAUAAAUAUGAUUACUUACCUUCUUUUUAUGGCUAGGUUGAAACAAAAGCGGUUGCGCGACGUCUGUAAACAGGGGUUUCCAGGGUAAAACGGACAAAUUAAUAAUGGUUCGGGGGCUUAAUUCACCAUGAAUCUGCUAUUGCAACAUAUAAACAUUGUUCUAUCAAACACAACAGUUCUUUUGGCUUACAAUACAGCAGUUUAUUUUAAAGAGGGGUGCAAGAGCAGAAACUGCUUUUUCAGUCUUGUCUGUGUUUUCUGCCGUAUCUAUUUCCAAUGCUAAAUCUGAAUAAAUACAUUGAACACACACAAAAAUUAAAAAGACAUUUUUUGGGGGUGGGUGGUGGGUGCUACUUCGCGGUUUUUCACUUAUCACGGCGGUUCUGGUCCCCAUUAACUGCUGCGAAAAACGAGAGAUCACUGUAAAUGUAAAAGUUCAAAUUAAAUUUUUAUUUUACUUCAUUUUAUAACACUAGGUGGUGCAAAAUCACAAUGAACAAAGAUAUAAUAGUGAACAUGAGUUAUCCUAUUAUCCAGCCAAUAUGGCUGAUAAAGGCCGAUCUUGGGGGAAAAAAUGUAUUUAUCGGUCGACCUUUAUAAGAACAUCGACCAAACAGUGAACAACCAAGGUAAUGAAAAAUUAUCUUAUGUAUCCACUUCUCAGUAUGCAAAUGCCUAAUUUUUACACCUCUAAUGCGAAGUAAUAUAAAAAUAAAUGAUGUUAAAUGAGUCUAUGAGCACGUCAUUUUGUGACAACAGCAUGCUCUGCAGCAGCACGUAAACGCUGUUAUAACUCAGUUAAAAAGAAGCACAAAAGAAAUAUGCCCACAUGCUCAGUGGCGGUUUUAAUUUAAAUGGACCCUUAAGGUCCCAUUUUAGCACAAAGCAUGGUAAUGGUGAAUCCUUCAUUUCCAAAAUGAGAGAGAAUGUUGUUUAUAGAGUAGGCCUGAACGAUAUAUCGUUUGAAUGUUGUCACUGCGUUGCGCGGAUACUCGUAUUGCAAGAACGUGCGAGUUUAAUUUUAUUUUUUUGGAACACGCAAACUUGUUUUUCUGCUUCAUGCUAGUACAGCUCCACAGCCUUUCAAUCUCCCUCCUGCUACGCAGUGCAACCAAACUUUUUCUUGGUCACCAGUGCAGCUGGUGUUUGGUACCUCAAGUUAACAAUGAUUGGCAGGUUUGUAGCUUUGAUCAGGCCAGAGCAGACUCUGUAGCUCUAUGAUCAAAGGCACAAAUGUGUUAAUCAUCGUUAAGCUUAUUGCACACAAGCGGUAGCCCAGUCUGAAGUGUGCUAUGGCUCGUCAUUCAUUGUGUAAGUGAGAGGCUGUUCUCGGCAGAGUGAGUGAAUUUGAGUGGACUCACUCAAGGAAGCAUUUAAUAAAGACAAGUAUUUUUCUACGUUAUUCUUUUUUUAAAAAUAAUUCACAUUAUGAAGGCGGCGUGCGUGUGUUUUCUCAGUUUCUGCCACAUCCUCCCAAAAAAAAACGUGCACGGAUGCUGAUUGAACACUCCAAAUUGUCCGUAGGUGUGAGUGUGUGCGUGAAUGGUUGUGUGGAUAUGUACUAGUCCUUCACAAAAAAUUAGCAUAUUGUGAUAAAGUUCAUUAUUUUCUGUAAUGUACUGAUAAACAUUAGACUUUCAUAUAUUUUAGAUUCAUUACACACAACUGAAGUAGUUUAAGCCUUUUGUUGUUUUAAUAUAGAUGAUUUUGGCAAAAAAAGUCAAAAACCAAAAAUCCCUAUCCCAAAAAAAUUAGCAUAUCAUGAAAAGGUACUCUAAAGAAGCUACUAACCUAAUCAUCUGAAUCAACACAUGAACUCAAAACCCCUGCGAAAGAUUCCUGAGGCUUUUAAAAACUCCUAGCCUGGUUCAUUACUCAAAACCGCAAUCAUGGGAUAGACUGCCGACCUGACUGCUGUUCAGAAGGCCAUCACUGACACCCUCAAGCAAGAGGCUUAGACAAAGAAAGAAAUUUCUGAGCGAAUAGGCUGUUCCCAGAGUGCUGUAUCAAGGCACCUCAGUGGGAAGGAAAAAGUGUGGCAGGAAACGCUGCACAACCAGAAGAAGUGACCGCACCCUGAGAAAGAUUGUGGAGAAGGGCCGAUUCCAGACCUUGGGGGACCUGCAGAAACAGUGGACUGAGUCUGGAGUAGAAACAUCCAGAACCACCGUGCACAGGCGUGUGCUGGAAAUGAGCUACAGGUGCCGCAUUCCCCAGGUCAGGCCACUUGUGAACCUGAAAGAGCGGCAGAAGAGCCUGGCCUGGGCUACAGAGAAGCAGCACUGGACUGUUGCUCAAAUUUUGCAUGUCAUUCAGAAAUCAAGGUGCCAGAAUUUGGAGGAAGACUGGGGAGAAGGAAAUGCCAAAAUGCCUGAAGUCCAGUGUCAAGUACCCAGUCAGUGAUGGUCUGGGGUACCAUGUCAGCUGCUGGUGUUGGUCUGUGUUUUAUCAAGGGCAGGGUCAAUGCAGCUAGCUAUCAGGAGAUUUUGGAGCACAUCAUGCUUCCAUCUGCUGAAAAGCUUUAUGGAGAUAGAUUUCAUUUUUCAGCACGACCUGGCACCUGCUCACAGUGCCAAAACCACUGGUAAAUGGAUUACUGACCAUGGCAUUACUGUGCUCAAUUGGCCUGCCAACUCUCCUGACCUGAACCCCAUAGAGAAUCUGGGGGAUAUUGUGAAGAGGAAAUUGAGAGACACCAGAGCCAACACUGUGGAUGAGUUUAAGGCCGCCAUCGAAGCAUCCUGGGCCUCCAUAACACCUCAGCAGUGCCACAGGCUGAUUGCCUCCAUGCCCCGCCGCAUUGCAAGCAGUCAUUUCUGCAAUUCCCGACCAAGUAUUGAGUGUAUAGCUGAUAUAAUUAAUUGAAGGUUGACUUUUUUUGUGUAUUGAAAAACACUUUUUUUUUGUAUUGGUCGGAUGAAAUAUGCAAUUUUUUUUAGAUAGGGAUCACCCCCCCCCCCACCCCCCAAAUCAUAAAUAUUAAAACAAUAAAAGGCUUGAACUACUUCAGUUGUGUGUAAUGAAUCUAAAAUAUAUGAAAGUCUAAUGUUUAUCAGUACAUUACAGAAAAUAAUGAACUUUAUCACAAUAUGCUAAUUUUUUUCGAAGGACUAGUAUAUUUGCCCUGUGAAUGGCUGGGAACCAGUUGAGGGUGUACCCCGCCUUCUGCCGGGAGUUAGCUGUGAUGGGUACCAGCACCCCUGCGACCCUUGUGAGUAUAAGCGGUUCAGAAGAUGAAUGAAUGAAUGAUAUGAAUCUUAUAAAAACACCUACAUUUUUUUUGGUGCUGGUGCACCUUAAGAAAAAAGUUAGGCGCACUAAUGCAAAAAGUGUGGAAAACCUUGGCAAUAUAUAUCGCAAUGAAAAUGUUUUCCAAUAUCGUUCAGGCCUAUUUCAAACAGAGCUAUUCAAGUUACUUGGUGAAAAUGUUUCAAUAUCGCAAUGUAUCUCAAACCCCCACAAAAAUUGCGAUGACCUUUUUUUUUUUUCAAAAUCGGUCAGGCCUAUUCUAGGGUAUGUUAAAUAUUAAUGCUGCUUUUUGUGUAGGGCUGCAGUUAUCGAUUAUAUUAGUAGUCGAUUAAUCGAUUAUCUGGUCAGUUUCAAUAAUCGAGUAAGAGUAAUAAGAGACAUAAAAAAUUAAAAUACCUGAGCUGAGCCUCAAAUGGUAUAAAAAAAAAGAGGAUCUAAGAAAAAUUAGCUAACUUACAUAGCAAAAGACAGCAGCGUAAAUGCUAUACAACGGCAACAUGUUUUUUUAACAAUGCUCUUAACAAAUGGUUCAAGCAAAUAUUCCCCAAAAAACAGCUAAAUAUACCUAUUAACUAAAUUAUAAAUGCAUUAAAAAACAUUAGCUCAAACAAAAACUUAGCUCAUGUUGGUCUUAACAGGGAGCAGCUGGAUUCAGCCAUGUAAAAUGAGUUAUGUCAUAUUCGCUGUCACCAGUAGAGGGCAGAGAAUCCACCCAAAUCAAUAAAACUAAAUACAAACACUUUCAAAACAACCCGUUACAACGCCAUGGUAAUUAAACGAACACUCGAAGCAGCAAAGUGUAAUUUGAAUCUUUUUUUCCCGAAUCGAAUUACUCGAGUUAAUCGACUAUUCAGUACAGCACUAUUUUUGUGUUCAAAAUGGCUUUUCAAAAAAGUGUUUAAAAUUAUUGUUCCAUGUAUUGUAUCAUUACCUGCACAACGUACGAUUAAAUACAAAUUGUUAACAACUUUACUGGUUCAUCUCUGCUUGACAGUUUUAAGCAAAGAUGUUUUUACCGCCACAUGCAGGAUAAUCUGCGUAUUGCCUUGUUGCUCAAACAAACACAUAAUAAAUAUGUCAGAGACACUUCGCCCCUGAGGGUUAAAUUCUUGGCCCGGUUCAGAAAAAUCCUAGACCCGCCACUGCACAUGCUGUAUGGCUACUGUACCUGUUCAAGCUGUUACUAGAUUUCUCAUGUAAGCAAAAUCUAUGUAUAAAACAUUGACGUGUAAACUGUUUUGUCUCUAAAUCCGCAUCAGACAAUAAGAAUGACUGAUAAGAUAAAGGUGCCGUCUUUCCCUUUAAGCAGGAUAGUAAAAAAAUAAAAAAUACUCAAGGCUUUCCGUAGUGGCCAUCAAAAAAUUGGCAGCGGAUCUAGUUCUGUAUGCAAUUGGGUAACCCGAGUAUGAGUUACCGUGCUUUACCUCAACCGAUUUCUCGAGCACCUUCCACUGGGCUCACAUAAACAUCCUAAAAGUGCGGGAAAUUGACCCACUGUGGCAUUUGCUGUAAAUAGUUUUGCCCCGCCAACUGCAGACGUGUCGUAGCAAGCAUCUUCAGCCCGAUGAAGCCCAUUUGCAGAGAAUUACCAUUUUACUAAAUUAUAUAUUCGGUAUAUCUUUAUAUGAUGUAGAAAGUGUGUAUUCUGUGGCCUCAUUUCUAUCAUUGUAUCUUCAAAUGUUUUGACUAGACUGCGUGUGAUUCAUUUAAUGUAUGAAGAAUAGUUGCUAGUUAGAUGAACUAUUCUGUGUUGACACAAUAUUCGCCCCUGCAAUCUUGUACUGACUUAUUUAAAGCUUUUAGGGAUGUGCACCUGUCAUUUUUUGGAAUGUUUUGUAAGACUGUUUUAGCUCUUUGGCCAAUGAUUUUGUUUUUUUGUUGUUGUUUUUAAUUCAAUUAGAUUGGGAUCUUCUUACAAGUAUACUCAACCCUUAUUUUGUGUAAACCUCCACUUUUAUCUAGCACAAGGACACAGUGGUUGGUAAACUGCUUAAAUCAGAUGUAUUUUGUAUUUGGUCACAUUAUGUAAUAAUUAAACUGGCGUAAACCAAAGUCUUGCACAUGUGUUGAUUUUUCUUUAUUAACUAUCACAAAUCCUCUUUUUUGGGGGGACAGACAGCUGAUAUACAAACAUUACCUUUUUUUUAAGGUUGAGAAGAAUCUAACAACAACCCUGUAUCAUUUAUGCCAGUGAUUCCAUACUAGAAACAAAGUUCAAUUUCAGUUCAAAAACACUCAACUUUUUCUUACACAGUACUUGUUCCUUGGACAUCAAUAGUCAGCGGUGACAUUUAGCUUAUUUUGCAGCUCAGGACACAAAAGAGAACUUUUCUCCAGGAAAAGAUGGACGAGACAACGCGCAAAUGAAAUUGAGGCUUGGUCCUAACCAUAGCAGCAGGUACACUGUCACAACUAACUGAAGUGCCGGUGGUCCUUCAACGCCGGCCGUUGAGUUGGCGUCAACGUCCAUGCUCCAAACCUCCAACGGUGCUCCACACUGUGUUCACAAGGUGCAGCCUGCCAUGUACUUUCCUGUCGGGCACAAAUUUGUCACAA